ACUCCAACUACUUCGCAACUGAAACAUUCUAUUCACACUGAUAUCUCACAUCCAUCAACCAAACUGUCACACAUCAUGAACCAGCAACAAGAACUCGUGGAAAUCGGCCGUGGCAACUGUGGCUCCGUUUGGGCCAGGCGCCUUUCCGAAGUCGACGACGACGAUAGCAAUAACAAAACUGUCAUCAAACGGGAGGAUUGUAAUCGCAACCGGUCUGUCACCAAGGAAUACGACAUCCACAAACACAUCCUAGCCCGUUUAGCAGCAGCAACGAUGGCAUCGAAGUCAGACAGCAACCUGAUGACAGGCUACCAAGUCAAUAUCCCUACCGCCAUCGACUUCAUCGACUCGACUUCCCCGGAAUGGGCUUCCCUUUUGCCCCGUCUCCCCAAAGACUUCAAACCGUGCAAGGCCCUCAAUAACGAAAGAAUCCCGCCGAUGCGGCAACACGUCCGCCAGCUCCUCGCACAAAAGUAUUGUGGUACUGGUGGUCGUAGCGGCCCACCAAGCGAGAAGCUCGCUGCCGACCUCCUCGAUGCCGUGAUGACGGAGCAAAACUGUUUGGUCCGUCCUUUCCUUGGACGACGCCGCCUACCCAGAAACAGACCUCGGGUGAUAUCAGCCGUCAGCUUCCGCAACUACCCACUCCACCUCGAUCAGAUCGAGGAACUCGGGCUCCCAAAGGAGCAAUAUGCCAUAGCCAUGGCUGACAUGCUUGCAUUCCUUCAUUGGGAGGCAGAAGUGGACGCGCGAGACGUGGAGUUUGUUCUUGCUCGGCCCCGACAACAGCAGCCAGCUUCUUCAUUGUCCAGCAUCGGCUCGAAGCCACUCAACCCUGAAGGAGUAUUCGGCCCUCAUGCCAUGUGGCUUCUCGACUUUGACUGCUGCAAGAGGUUGGCGAUACCGGGAACCAUGAAUGAUGAUGACGAGAAAAUGCAGACAGAAGUCGCAUUUUUGGACCAUGUGGCGUUUUGUUUUUGGCGGAAUGAUCCGUUUUAUCCUAGACCUCCUCCUCCUGGCUACGAUACCAACAACGGCGACGGCAACAGCAGCAACGGCGACGGCAGCCAUGCUAGCAUCUCCAAGUCAAACUAUCAUCCCGCGGACGUACAGCUGUGGAAGAUGUUCAAGGAACGGUACCUGGAGACAAGCGAAGAGAUCCUGGAGGAGAGAGGGAAGGAAGAGAUGGUGAGGGAGCUGCCAGGGAAGGUUAUGGAUAUAAUUGAGAGGACGAGGGGAAAGAAUUGGUUUGCUUUCAGGGACGAAGGCGGGGUGGAAUAG